CGGGGGCUGCAGUCCUCUCCGCCGCAACCCUCUCACCGAGCCGGGAACGGCGAUCGAUCGACGUUUCCCUCUCCGAGUUUCCGAUAUUUUAGCGGAGAAGAAAAUUCGUCGAAGGUGCAAAAUCGUGCGUGUACGUCGAGGAAGUGUGCCCGUUUUCGAAAUCAUCUGCCAUUUCUUCUUCCCUUCCCCAUCAAUAAUCGAUAUACCUACGAAACGUUGGGUCUCCGUAGUCGCACUUUUUUUUCGGUUUCAGCAAUGGAAGAAGAGGUACACGCGGAAGGGAAAAAUUUCAGGUUGGUGGCAGAACACGAGCUUCCCGAGAUUGCGGACUUUCUCGCUCAAUUUUUGCCCGACUCGAUCAAGUUCCACCAAACGUUGAAGACGUACUUGAACGACCGCGUGUGGGACUUUCAUUUCUACGUGACGAAAACUUGGCCGGACGAAGCUGUGAUAUUACAUUUCCCGGGCAUGACGUCGACCCCGAACAACGCACUGUACGAGAGCUUCGGCGUGUUCUGCCCGUGCGACCAAUUGGAGCACCUCGAGCUACUCAAAACCGAGGACGUUCUAAUCGACUGGAGCCGGCCGAUUUAUUUAAAUUUUACGCACGCGCGGAUCAUGGAAACAAUUAAAGAGUUCUACGAGCCGAUCGGUACCAUGGAGAAACUCUACGGAGAUGUUUACGUACUGUCCGAAGACGGCGCCACCGUCGUCGAAGAAGAGGAAACCAACCAAACGACAUUCGUAGAGUCCGCGGAGAUGAUGCAGCUGCGCCCCGAGCACGCCCAAAUCAUCCACGACCUGUAUCCGGCCAAUCACAUGGAGUGCAUCGAAGUCUUCCAGAGGCUCAUCGAGAGGCUGCCGUGUUACGGCGUUUUCUCCGCCGGCGGAGACCUGGCCGCGUGGAUGGUGCAGUCGUAUUACGGGGCCAUGUUCUCGAUGCAGACCCGACCCGAAUAUAGGCGGAAAGGUUACGGCAUGAUUUUGGCCAAGUACCUGACUAAAUUAGUAAAAGAGCGGGGCUACUUGCCGUUCGUCGUGAUUCGGCCCGAGAACGACGCGUCGAAAGGUCUCUACGCGAAACUCGGCUUCAAGAAACAUUUCGAGACUGUGCGCGCCAUCUUGAAGCCGCACGAUGCGUGCUGCGGUGGAGGGGGCGGGGGCGGCGGCACACAUAACGGCGAUUGCGUCAAAGAAAGUGAUAAUUUCGUUAGUGAUAGUACUGGAAACGGAGAGGUGGGGGAGGAAUGUAACGGCGACGAUGAGUAAGCCACGUUUUGAGUUUCAACGACGCUUUUUUUUGUGGGUCGGGAGGGACCGGAUGAGGACGACCAAGGUUCGAAAAUCAGCGAGGUAGACCAAACCGUCGUGACACCUGCUCAAUUUUAAGGAGACAAAAUUAUUAUCCGCGCGUAUACCUCUUCUUCCUCCUCCUCCUCCCCCUCGCGUACCAGAAAAAGAAAAACUGUUGCUUGUUUAGCACUUUUCAUAAAAAAUCCCCCCGAGUGUUGUGGGGCGCCCAGCUGAAUUGACGAUUCGUUUAUAAUGAGUAACAUAGGAAACAAAUUUUCGAUCUCCAUUUCGCUUACGGUUUUCAGUGCUGCAGUUAGUUCUGGAUCAAAUUAAAAACUAGAUUUUACUUUUCAAAGAAUAACGUUGCUAUAGCUAGUAAACUCUUCUGUCCAAAGUGCAGUCGUAAUUUUAAUGAUCUAACCGAAUCCAAUCUACUGUGGAAAGUAUCUUCUGUUCGACUAAGCGUCAUCUGACAACGGCGCACCCUCUAUGUUUCUCUGCACUUUAGACCUAAGUUUUGGUUAGUUUAGCAUAUACCAACGACAGUGAUGUGAUAAUUAACCAACUAACCGACCGAGAACGGGGACAGUUGGUUGUUUUCCUUAAUAUUUUAUUUUAUAUUAUAUUUGUUUUAAUUUUAAAGGCUUGCUCGACACUUUACUCUCUAUACACAUUCCGAAUCUUAUUCUCUGACACUUAUGAGAGUAUCCAUCUUAAGGGUCUCGUUUAAAAGCUGUGAUUUAGGAAAGUUUCCAAACAUCCUUAGGCAAAGUAGUAGUUAAGUAUUAUUCCAAAUUAUUCAUUUGGCCUUUAGGAUGGAAGCUGUGUUUUUUCUCCAAUUUUACUGAGUACCAUCUUACACCAAUUUAUUAGGGAACGUUGUAAGUGUUACUUAGUGCAAACCCGAUGGCUUCAUCCUUGAAUGUAAUGAGAUGCGUUACGUAAUUAUAU